CCUUGUCACACCUUUUUUCGGAGGUGGGAGUCCAGUAGCCAUAGACCGGAAGAGCAAUACAAGCCCGCAGAUCUGAUCUGUUCUUGGUGUUGUUCACGCAUUGGAUAACGAAGCCAGGAAACCGGCUGCAGAAACACGCAUAACCUGAUGGCCACAAGAUUGCCUCGCUGCUUCGCCGCAGCCGCGGCAGCGGCGACAGCAACAUCAUCGGCAUCGUCGGGAAGCAACAGCAGUAGGGUAACACCACCCGCAGCAGCUGCCAGGAAACACUCGCAGGCGAGGGGGGACGACGGCAAGGAACCAUGGCGAAGAGAAGCAGCAUCAACGCCUGCUGAUGCGGCGGGAUGUACAAAACUUGCCAGCGGAGGUUGUCGAAAGGGCGCGGUUGGAGGAACAGCAGCGGCAGAAGGAGCAGCAGCAUUUAGGUCAUCCAUUGAAGCGCUCCAAGCGUCGUUGCAGGGGUUGCUCGGCUCCGUACCGUUGGUGAGGAUUGUGCACGCCGAUGGUGCUGCUGCUGUUGCCGUUGAGACGGCGGGGGCGGAAGGGGAAGGGGACGCUGCUGCUGCGGUGUCCGAGCUGGAGGAUGGCGACAAGCCUGAGUACAUCCAACGCGCGGACGAGCAGGCGGCGCAGAUGAGGCAGCAGUUGCGGCGACCUGCACAGUUUGCGGACCAGUUCAUGGAGGUUUCUCAGCUCACCCAGGUGCACUCCUUUGAAGGGUUCCGUCUCGACAUGUCGAAGCCGGUUACGCCGACCUUCUUCACCUCGCAUACCAUCUUCUUCGGAAACCCUCAGUUCCCCAGCGGGCAUUACCAGGGCUCCCUUACCGUGGUUGGUGAGAGCGAUAAGAUGGUGCGAGCCUCUAUGGACGCCGACUGCAACGUUAGCAUGGACGCGCACGCGCCCCUGGGCAUGCCGGGGUUGGCCGGGAAGCUGACGGUGCACCAGGGGAAAAACGACCUCAUCCAGGGGACCGCUCUAUACAACGGUGAUACUUGCUCGGGACAGAUUGCCCUUGGUACCGGGCCGGUGGAGAUAUCGUACAACCAGGCCGUCACUCCGCACCUGUCUGUGGGAGGCCAGGGUCAGUUCAGCUCCGCGCAACAGGCGGUCGGGCUCCUGUACGGCUUCAAGUACAACACCCCGAGUUGGGCAGUGCUCGGGAGGCUUAUCGGUGGAGGCGCUAACGUGGUGACCGCGCAGUACCUGAGGAGGGUGGUGCCCGGCAGAGUCACUCUCGGUGCCGAGUACCAGGCGCAGCUAGGUGCCGGCAGCCAGAUGAUGGUCGGAGCCGAGUUUCAACUCAAGCAGAGCAAGAUGUCUGCCAGCGUUGACAGCAACGGCAAGGUGGACUCCACCCUCGAGCUCAAGUGCGGGACAUUCCCAACUUUGCCCGUUACGCUGACCAUCUCGUCGUCGCUGGAUCACUCCGAGGACAAGCACACUUUCGGGUUGGCCCUCACCUGCGGACAGUAGAUGAGAUAGAAGAGUUUCCUGAUCUCGGUGUGAUGAAUGAAAGUGGUCCUUUUCUUCCUUGUUUGCUGCUGCAGGCAGGUGCACACCAACUCGCGUUGAUGCUGAAUCUCGUUGGUGGUGGAGAAUAUAUAUUAAUGUGAUAUCUAGUGUCGCAAUUUUGGCUGGCCGAAGUUGACCGGUAUCCUACAGGUGUAGUUUUUGAAGCGCACAUUUCCCAUGCUGUGGAACAAAUCAUGUCACAACGUAAACCGUUCACCGGAAGUGGUAUUGAUGAUACAGCAUUACGUGCAUGGUCGUGGAUUGAGACCACAUGCGUCAUGUCACGGCGCCUCGGCCUUUUUUUGCAGAAGGUGCAAUAGCAGUCGGAUUGGGGUACUCAUGCUCUCGCCACCUUGCACGCGUGGCGUAUGAUAAGCUUCGUGGCUUUUCUGUCUGUUGCUGUUUUGGUCGUUAUGGUGCUGUAGUCGAUACGUACACCUCGCUACGCGUGCGUCUCGUUCGUUAUUGGGAGCUCUUCGUGGGUCGGCUGGCUUUCCGCCCUUUCUACGUCCACAAGUAGUACUCAUGGUACCAGUCGCAACAGUUGAUGUUUGACGCAUACCUCCUUUUGUGGCUAUGAAACCGACACUUGGCGAGCUUUGUUAUGCGAUGCUUUCCACGGUCCUAUGCUGUCUCCCCGCCUUUUGAGGCACCAAGAGACGAAAUGACUGGAGCGUACAGUCUGGUCGGUGGCUGUGGCAGUGACCACACCGUCUCUGCAAAAGGGGGGGUACGGAGACGGACGAUGUGCAGGGAUGCUGAUUCGGGGGUGCAUCGAUCAACCCUUUUCUUGAUGGGAUCGGGCGAGACGACUGGCCUUGCGAGAAGGUUGAGGGCCGCGUGUCUGUCCCGUCAAAAAUGUGGGAAAACAUGGCCAGGAGAGUGGAAACCGAACGAACGCUUGCAUUGUUCUCCCUUGGUCAACAUUGGUGCCUCUCAAUUUGGUGGGCCGACUUGUGUGGACCGUGGGUGACUUCAGCCAGGGUUCACCAGUAGCAAGAAACGGAACGUCUUCUCAUGAGGCGCCAACGAUCUAUGCCAGCUUGGAGCGGCGGGUGCUUGAAGCAAUAAGAGACAAGACACGGGCUCGAAAAGGACGGCCGACCAGAUGAUAUACAUGCUCGAGCUACGGACUAAUGACGGGAGAAGGGUGUUGGCUGAGCACAGCGAAUUCCUUCCCCACACACGCACCUUGAAUUCUGUUCACAGGAUAAUAAUUUAGUCCAUGGCUUGGCAAACUUGAGUACGCCCCCCCCCUCUUCACAUUCGAUAGGAAGCGCGCCCUCAGGGAGACCGAGCAGGAUAUUAUCCCCCCGCUCUCGGUGCGGCGCGGGCACGCGACCGCUUUUACAGUACGCAUGAAGAAAAGUUCGAAUACAGUAGCGGCAGUGCGUCGCCAAAACCGUGGCGACGAACGUGCGACUUUUUCUCGGCCAGCGUCAUACGGACGCCGACACAUUCAAGCCUGCAACCGCAACCAAUCUAAUAAGAGCCACGCACGAAACUAUCGCCUAUUGUCGCGACGAGGGGCGCUGCAUCAAGGUUCAGCUAUAUAUGAUAACGCCGGACACCUUUACCGGCAUUCCACGAUGGUUCCCUCCACAACGCCAACCCAAGACGGCGAGGGAAGGUAUACAAAUGAACUGCUCCAAAUACCCGGGCGUGAAAUCCCCGAAGCAAAACCAACCCCCCCCCCUCCCCCGUCUGUCCGCCUGAAGUUUCUGUCUGGUUUUCUCGCCCCCACCACCGCGCUGCUUUCUUCCGCCUGCAGCCUGAGCCAGCCAGGCCCCCCAUCCACAAUCCGAGCACCCCCGCACCGCCCGUAAACUCCCCUCCCGUUCGGGAGUAAAAGGCGUGGUGGCCGGCCGGCCGUAGCCCGUGUGUCCGCCAACAGCGAAGAAGCAUGGACCGAGAUCAGCAUGGUCCAACGAGAGGAGGCUGUCUACCGCCUGUUCCCCGGGAAGGACGGGAGCUUCUACAUCGGGAUCUCUUGGACUACUUGGUUGCGCCCGCCGCCUUCGAAACCUGGAAAAUGCUCGACCCCAACACGACGAACAAGAAAAAGAAGAGCAGGCACGGUCCUACCGCGUAGCCAGUCUUCUUGUUCUCGAUCUUCCCCUUCGCCGCGCCGUGUGACAUUUUGGAGGUGCUUCUCGCUGGCCAAACGGGUUUUGCGAGAAGACAUCCUGAGGCUGCUGACGGCUGUUGAGGGGCUUGGAGCAGUGUGUGGUUACGCGACUCUGUUGGUGUCUGCAAACCUGUUGCUGGUUGGUG